AUGACCUAUCAAUACGAUCAAUAUCAACAGCAGCAAUCACCACAACUACAACCUUCAUUUGAUGGCGUAAUUGAUAAUAAAACAACUUUAUGGAUGGGAGAUCUUGAACCUUGGAUGGAUGAAAAUUUUAUUAGACAAAUUUGGUACCAACUUGGAGAAAAUGUUAGUGUUAAAAUAAUUCGAGACAAGUUUACUGGUACAAAUGCAGGUUAUUGUUUUGUAGAUUUUGUAAGUAAUUCUGCAGCAGUUAAAGCAUUGACUACAGCAAGUGGUACAACUAUCCCUGGUACUAAUCGAGUAUUUAAGCUUAAUUGGGCAACAGGAAGUGGUUUAGCUGAUAGAAAAGAUGAUCGUGGACCUGAAUUUUCAGUAUUUGUUGGUGAUUUAGGACCUGAAGUUAAUGAAUGGAUGUUAGUGGUAGGAUAUGGUUUUGUUCGUUUUGGGGAAGAGAUUGAACAACAACGUGCUCUUGUAGAGAUGCAAGGAGCAUUUUGUGGGAAUCGUCCAAUACGAAUUUCCACAGCAACUCCUAAAAAUAAACUUUUAUUACAAGGUGGUUAUUUUCAACAAACAACCUUUCAAAAUCCAUUCCUUAGUAAAUAUAAUGAUCCAAAUAAUACUACUGUUUUUAUUGGAGGAAUAACUGGUAUCAAUAAUGAAGAGGAACUUAAAAGUUAUUUUCAAAACUUUGGUGAAAUCACAAAUGUAAAAAUUCCACCUGGUAAAAGUUGUGGAUUUAUACAAUUUGCUCAUAGAAAAAGUGCUGAAAUGGCUAUCAGCCAAAUGCAAAAUCUUAUUAUAGGUAAUUCAAGAGUACGAGUAUCAUGGGGUAGAACACAAACUGAUAAAACUUCAGCUACAGCUUACAGACCACAAUAUAAUGCUUUUGGUGGUAUAGCAACAGCAACAACUUCGUAUAAUAAUACUUAUACACCAGUACCAACUCAACAACAGACAAUUUCAGCUCUUACACAAAUUACAUCAACACCCUUAACAACAAUUCCUUCAAAAAUUCAAUUGGACUCAAUGGAUCCCUUGGAACCUAUUCCUGUUCAACAUUUAAAUGAUCUUUUUAUUUCUAAUAAAGAAGAUUUACUUGAAAGAAUGGAUAUUGAUACAAGUAACUGGCCAGACAAUAUCUAUGCUUAA